GUAAGCCACGUCAAGAAGGCGUGCCUAUUUUCUUUCCGAAAAAGAAAAAAAGAAAUUCCAAUUUGAGAAAAAAUUAGGUUUGGUUUGGUUGAGGAAGUUGUAGAAUCAAAGUGCCGAGUGUUUGGUGUGUGGCAGAGAGAAGGAAGAAAAAUGGUACUGAGUGCGACAGCGAUCGGAGCCUUACUGGGUUUGGGGACUCAGAUGUAUUCCAACGCUCUCCGCAAACUCCCCUACAUGCGCCAUCCAUGGGAGCACGUCAUCGGAAUGGGCUUGGGCGUCGUCUUCGUCAAUCAGCUUCUCAAAUGGGAGGCUCAGGUCGAACAAGACCUCGAUAAGAUGCUCGAAAAAGCCAAGGCCGCUAAUGAAAGACGUUACAUAGGUUCUCUUUCUUUUCACUUCAAUUGCCUCAACAAGAUAAUAUAUGAAAUGCAUUUUGAUUUAGGUUUUCGUGACCUUGGAUUUGGAUAAAUAUCUCUCUUCUUGAGAUCGCUUGUGAGGUGAAUAUUACUGUUUCGUUUGCUCUUAAAUUACUAUGGUGUUUGAAAAUUGUUAAAUAGAAGAGGAUGAUGUAGCCUAUGUAAGUGUGUAAUUCACUUAAAUAAUGUGAUCUCGAAAUGUAGUUCCAUGUAAAACAGUGGCGCUCUGUGCUGAAGAAUAUGAUUCUUUUUAAGUUAAGUGAGUUGUAUGUUGUGGUGAAUGGUAAUGAAGAUUUUGCUUGUUUUCUCGAUAGAUGGUUUAUUAGAAGACUACAGACAAUUUUUUUAACUUGUGGUGGCCACUACAAUUUUAAAUUUUUAAUCUGUGGAGAUGGUGAAUAGCCUAGCAAGAAAUGUGAUUCUUCUGAUGGUUAGGGGAACUGAUUACUCGAAUUUUGUUCUUGUUACCCUUUUUCUUAAUGUGUUAUUGGAUAUUUUUAUGUGCUGCUAUGAUGGGAUUUUUGGUGAUCUUUGUGGAUAUGGCUUUUGUUGUUGUUGUUGUGCUCUUAUUUGAUUGGUCACUAAUUCUCUUUUAGCAUUUCAAGUCUGGAAUUUUAGUUUUACUGUCAUUCAAUUGCUUGACAUUGUAGAAUUUUAUGGUAAUCUCUAAAGCAUGUUCCUUGCUCGUCAAUGAUGAGUUUAUGCUUCAAAUGUUUUUGGAUCUAGCUGCUCCUCAGCUGAAUGCUCUGGAUAUGGUGUUUUUGGAUUACAUUGGUAUUUUUACAUCAUCAUUUUAUUAUCUCAUUGCAUUCUAUUUAUUUGUUAUAUUGCAUUGCAGAUGGAGAUGACGAUUAAUGCAUGUCUUAAAGGAUUGCAGCAGUUUGUGAAAAUAAUCAUGAAAUAUGUUGAACUUGUUACCUUUGUAUUUUUUAUUUCAAAUUGCCAUGUUUGUAAGGUUGUUAAAUCUUUUUCAUGCCAAUCAACCUAUUUUGUGCCCAAGCUUUUGCAAGCAGGGAAAAUGUUAGAUGACAAUGUUAUGGCCUUGUGGCUUCAUUAGUAAUAAGAUUAAACGCGAUAACUUGCUUGACUGUAAUAUCAUGGUAACUGUGACUCCAAUAUGUGUGCAUGCCUUUAGUUUGGUGAUUGUGGGGUUUUAGUGAUCUCAUGAAAGUUUGUUUCUGAAAAAUGCUAGAUAGAUUUUUUUAUUUUCUUUUGCCAAAGUUUGUGUGGUCAUAUUUUUUGAGUGUUGGAUUGAUGAGUAAUUCUCUUCACUACUGAUCUAAUAUUCACUGGUGAAUCCUUACAAAUUGUAGUUGAGUUCUGUUAAAUAUUUCUGGUCGUAUAACUGCUCUCUUUUUUUCACUGUGCUGAAACGAGUGGUUUCCCAGUAAACUGAAUUAUAACUGCACUUUGAAAGGACAGCUACGUUGUGGUCGUGCCCGCCGUUGAUGACUAGUUUAAUUUUUAUGGUAAAGGUGCUUUUGGAUGUCCUGAUUCAAAUGCAUUCCAUUAGCCUCGGUGGUGGUUAAUAUUUUAAAAAGCAUAAUUACCUGAAAGAUUAAAAGAAGAUAUUUUUAGGUUCAAUGCUGGAAAAACCUUGGAAGCUGAGUGUAGUUGUUCAAGGACUUGGAUUUAUGGUGCCUUAAUACUUAUUUACAUUUCAUCUCUUUGUAACGUUUAUUCUCCUUACAAUAUUUUUAACAUUUAUUUAAAGGCUGGGACUGGGGAUGGGUAAGGUAAUUGAGAAGGAUAGAUUUAACUUAAAAGACUCGGCAAUUCCCGAGUUUGAACCAAGAAAGUGCCGGUUCAACACAGCAAGUAUAUUUUUAUCCACCCAGGCUUGUCUUUCCGU